AUUUCUCUAUCUGAGGAAAAAUAUAAUGAUGAAUGGAUUGCAGGUGCAUAAUCUAGUUGCAGAAAUUGUUGACUCCAAAUUGGGAAAACAAAUUUCAAGAAUCAAUCCAGCCCUCACUUACAUUGCAGCUGAGGAAGUAAUGAGCCUUGUGACAGCACAAGUGGCGGAGAACAGUGAAUUGAAUGAGGUGUGGAGAGACAUUCUGGAUGCUGAGGGUGACGAAAUAUAUGUGAAGUAUAUUGGCCUCUACAUGAAAGAGGGGGAGAAUCCUUCUUUUGCUGAGCUAUCUGAAAGGGCAUAUUUACGACGAGAAGUUGCCAUUGGUUAUGUGAAGAACAACAAGAAGGUGAUAAAUCCACUACCCAAAUCCGCACCUCUCUCCCUUGAACUGACAGAUUCACUGAUUGUAAUAUCCGAGCUUGAAGGAGAACAACCAAUUCUUGAGUAAACUUGUACAAUCUAAUUUCCAUACAUGAUUGCUUCUUGCUUUCUUUUAUCCUUGCAGAGGAGCAUCUUUGUUGUUUUCUCUUGGUUUGAAAAGAUCCAUUUCAAUACUAAAUAGGCUAUGUUUGUGUCUUGCAUUUGGUGGACAAAGCAUACACGGGCUACAUUUCAACUACUAUACCUAGAAAGAAUGAUGCAGAAAUUGAAACACAAGACGGGUACGAGAGCAACUGCUGUAUCUUGUUUGACUAUCUAAACUAGCAGCCAGUUAUGAUUUUUUAAA